AGUGAAGCAUGUGAAAAAGAGUAUGGCAAGGCAGAAAAAUGGCGUCCAAAUCUGCACUCCCGUUUCUUAUCCUCGCGCACCUCCUCCUACUCUCCACCGCCGCCGUGCCGGAGGCUGUAGAUGGCGGGGAGUGCGGUUACUUGAUCUAUGUCCAAACAGGGACGGUGAAGAAGGCCGGCACGCACUCAACCAUCGGCCUGGAGGUGAAGACGGCGUCUGGGGAGGGGAUUUGGGUGCCUAAUUUGGAGGAAUGGGGUGGAAUUAUGGGUCCAGAUUAUAACUUCUUUGAGACCGGGAGAUUGGAUAUCUUCACUGGCAGAGGGCCUUGCCUCACGUCCCCUAUUUGCUCUCUCAAUUUGACCUCCAAUGGCUCCGGUCCCUACCACGCUUGGUACUGUGACUACGUCGAGGUCACGGCCUCUGCCCCAGGCCAUCCUUGCCACAAGCAGCGCUUCUCGGUGAACCAGUGGCUUGCCACUGACCAUGAGCCCUACAGCCUCACCGCUGUUGUGGACUAUUGUGGGGUUCGCCCAGAUCCCAGUGUGUAUGACGUGGUUUUCUAAAUCUCUACUCUUCUCAUCAGAGUACACAUAUAUAAAUAAAUAUCA